GCCGCAACUAGUAUAUUAUAUUUUUUUAUUCUGGGUCACCAAAAAAAAAUAAUAAUGUCAAACAAAUAUUUUAUCGCGACGUGUAAAUAUGAAUAUACUUACUUACUCAAAUUGGAAAACAAAGUACACAAAACAAUCUAAAAUUUUGCAUUAAUAACCCUAGGUCUGGCAACAAGAUUAAACCAUAGAGUAUGUUUAAAUUGAGAGGCCAAACCACGGAUUAUUAAGAUCGAACCAAAUAGCAUUUAGCGAGGGGCCAAACCAUGCUGUCACUCGCCUAGUGUUUAUUAUGAUUUUUGGCAUCGUAAAGUGUUUGAUAAAAUGUGAUUCUUGUGGUAUUUUUUCUUCGUUAUGAUAUUUUCACAUUUUAAUUUCUUCGGUGAAUUAAUUGUUUCUCUGUUACCAAAUAAGCUACUUAUUGACGUGUUAGUAAUAUUGAUUUUGAUUUCAUCGGUGACUGAAAAUAUGCGAUAGGUAUUUAUUAUUUAAAUUAAAUCUUCAAAAAUCAAGAACGAUGUCACCCUUCACACCAAUCCUUUUGACCGGAGAGAAUUUGGGACACCGGCAUCGCCACCUCAACUCUCUAGUCACUAAAGCAAUGCAACAAGGAGUUUCAAUCCAACAGAUACAAGAUCUACCAGAACAAACUCCUGUAGAUAGACUCUUCAAGAUAGACCUAGCCUCGAAAUUAAGAAAUGUUGACUACAUUCUGCAAAACAUCAAGGACGAAGACAUGUUGUACGUCAGCAGGGCGUUGAAAGCCAAGUGGCUCUUGGAACAACAACACCAGAGCAUCAUUCAUCCCAAGUAUUUGGAAGAAAACCUAUAUCCAUACAUGGUCACUACAGCUGUGAGUAAAUUUAAGAACUGGCUGUAUCUACAUUUAAGAGAUCCGCAAAGAUGUGAAGAUUUUUAUAAAUAUUACUCAGAAAGCAAAUUCAAUUACGCGAUAAAAUUUCUAGGCCGCUGCCACGUCAAGUUUAUAAUAUCAGAAGCGCCAAAUAUUUUAGAGAAACUCUCGCCUCACCACUUCAAAAUUUUAUGUGAGAAGUGUCCGCAAGUGGCGAAGAUAUAUUUCGAUAAUAUACUCGAUAACGAUGAACUAAAAGAAAAAUUCUUGAUUCAGCAAAAAAAAAUCUACAACAGUUUAAAAGUGGUGUUAAAGUUGGACGCUGACAUAUUUUUCGAAAUCACAGAAAAAUAUUUCGAUAAUAGGUACAAUCGCUCUCUAACGAAACACAUAAUGGCUCACCACAGGGAAAGAUUCGAGAAAAAGCCAGAGCUGUACGCAGGCAUGUUGUUAAACACGCGAACUCUAGCGGAGUAUUUGAGCUCCGAGGAUUGCAAGGAGCUCGUUUUAACGCUGGCUCGUGCAUCGUAUCUCAACCGCCGAAUAGACUACAAGUACGUGGAACCACUCAUUAAAAAAAUCCCGUUGAAUGAAAGAGCAACUUUCAAAAAACUUGUGUUUGAGAAAAAAGCUGCAGGUGAACUGGUCAAUUCCUGGCCCUAUGAAAUACCGUCAUUACCGAAGAGAAAAUAUAAUCACCAUAUAUUUGAAGACUAUGUCAAGUGUUACAGUGAUUCAUACUUAAUGUGUUCAGAUGAAUUUGAUAAGUUAGGUGAAAUGCGUCAAUGUAUCCGUCUAUGCUCAGCAAGCCGAGAUUUAUGUUUUCGUGUGCGAACAUACCUCGAUAAACUUUUUGAUAAAUAUCGCCUUACGAGUUUUGAACGUACAUUAUUUGAACUACGCAAGAAAAUAAAAGAAGAGAGUUCGCCACAGAACCGGCAGUACAUUUUGCUGGUACUUGUGAGCAAGAGUGGAGGACUGCCGGAACUAGUUGCGUCACUUUUGCAGUUGUUGCAGCAGCAUUUGAAUGAGCCAACAAAUGUGAGAGCCGCGGUGGUGAGGAGCCUGGUAAAACGCGCCGCUGUGUGGCGUCUGCCCCGACACUCCUGGGAAACGUUGUUAGAGUUCGCGAGGGGGCUCGGAUUAGAUGGCAGCGAGUCGGAAGCGGACUGUCGCGAAGGUCUACACGCAGUUGUCAUAAGAAGUUUACUGGGGACUGGUACGUGUGAACCCGCAAUACGAGAAGCUUUCUUAAAGGACUUUUCAAAUCUCGACGAGUAUGCCACCAAUAAUGAAGAACGUAAAAUAAUAAAACAAAAGUUACCGGAGUUAUUACUGGCCGCGGCUAACGCGCAGUCAAGUUCAGUAAGACAGGCGGAGCUACUGACGUCACUUCUGGACAUGCUUCAACAGUAUAAAGUAGACAUCGGAAGUUCUGCUCUGAUACCGGCCGUGGCAGUUUUAGCAAAGCGCGACUCUCCUGCUGCAGAGGGCCUUCUUCGACGUUUAUUCGAAGCCAAAAUCGCUCGCCGAACGUUGUUCCGAGAAUUCUUCCCUUUAAUACAAACGGAUGCUUCCUACUUAAAUGCUUUACGACAUGACACUUCAGUGCUUAAUGUAUCAACGUUCAUUGAUUUAGUUGAAAGAGCUGAAAUUCAUCCGGAACAGUUCUUACGCAAGAUGGCUAUAUAUUUUGCAGAAAGCUCCGGUAUGAUGGAGCGUUAUCUAACUGAAAUGAGACAACGUGUCCUCAAUAAUAAAUUUGUCGGAAAGUCAAUAGCACGACCACUGUGCAUACUGCAGGGCGCGUGUCUCGGCUACCUGGGGUCACUGGAUCUUAAAAAUAAGUCUCUAACACGCUUCGCGGCCGCGAUCCGAGCUAACAUGCAUGCAGGAAGACCGAAACUAGACAUGAACAGUAUGGCUUUAUCAGCCGCAGGAGCUAAAGCUGUUGCUAAUAAAGUGCUUGUGUGUCCAAUUGUAGAUGUCGAUAACUACGUCCUCGAACUGUUGACAUGGAAGCGAACAGUCCGAGUGGCUCUGGUACUAGUGGAGAGAACAAGAAAAGAAGCACAUAUAUUUAUCACAGCUGCCACUUUAAGGCCUACUGCUACUCUCAAGGCUGCUCUGAAAUAUCUCCAUGGUCGACCCGAUUUCGAUCCACGUGUGUUCGAAGUUUUCAAGCAGUUAAUUAACAAAUUUGACCUGUGUACGGAGACACGCAUCUAUUUACGUAGCUAUAUGAUUAGAAAGGUUAACGUGCCCUUAACGAUCAAAUCAGACUAUUAUGCGAUACUCUAUAAGGCUUUGAGAAAAGAACAACAUCACGAAGCAAUGAUCAUUUUAAGCAAUAUAGAAAAAUUACUUCAUUAUACAAAGGAGGAUUUCCUUGAAGAAUUGUUGUUAGAUUUUCUACAAGAAUUUAACCCCAAUAAAUGCAAGCAAAAAAAAUAUAAGCUAUGUUCUAGCAUAUACAUAAGAGUGUUAGUUAAAUUCUUGUUACUUUGUAAAUCGGAAAAGACACAAACGAAACGGUUCAAUUACUUCGGAGAACCUUUUUUAAAAUGUUUAGAUCUAUCUCUCAAUAACUCUCAGGCUUUCAUGGACAUAUUUCGAGAGAUCCUGUCAACUUUGCAAUACAAUAAAGUGUUUUUUGACAACACUUACAUCUCACCCCUGCCUGUCUUAGAAAACAUUGUCAGGUGGAUGCGACAAUAUUUACCAGUCGAAUUACAUUUCGUAACCUAUGUACGUAUUUAUCUGACCAUGUUGUAUUUUAAAUCUAUUAGACUGAGCAUACAAACAGAGCCAGGUAUACUUAAUAACGAAAAGAGAGUAACCGAAGGCAUACAGGUGGUAGGUAAUAUUUUUGGUAGAAAAAUAGCACAAGAAAUAAAAGAGUUGACGGAAAGUUAUUUUGAAUCCGUUGUGGAGUUGUAUUGUAUGGGCAUGACAGAUUAUUUUUCAGAGUAUUUUAUUUAUGAUGUAACUAAAUUUAAGUUUUUAAAGGCCGUCAUACAAGGUAUCCUGGAAGGUAGUACAGGAGGAGAAGCUAGAGCUGCGUUGUAUCUAAUAGAAAAGCUACAACAUAACUUCGAUCGUAAUGAUUAUAAGGAAUUAAUUGAAGCCGUGAAUAAUUUUGAAAAUGAAACAUUUAAAUAUUUCUUAUUUGCGACCCAAGUCACCCAUUGAUUACACAUACUGCGCUGCACAUACAAUUUUCCCAAUAAAAUUCAUUAUGCGAAAUAGCAUGCCAUCGUUUCAUGCGAAUCAUUCAUAAUUUGCAGUUUUUUUUUAAUAAUCGUAUUGAUAUUUUAUAUUACUUUAAUUUCUCUAGAUUAUUCAUUACCAUAAUUAUUU